AUGCAAUACGGUUUCUAUAUGGAAAUAAAAAAGAGAUACUCAGCGACAUUGUACGAGUGCUUCCAAUACGCUUUCUACACGAUGCCAUUUUGUGCACGAGUUGAAAAACGUAUCCUUUGUAUGCAUGGCGGAAUCAGCGAAGAACUGAUGGAUUUCAAGCAGCUUGAGAAGAUCGAGAGGCCAUGCGAUAUACCCGAUAUAGGCGUCAUUGCCGAUCUGACAUGGGCUGAUCCCGACCCGACCAUAUCCGGCUUUGAAGAGUCUCCUCGAGGUGCCGCUCGGAUCUUUGGUGCAGAUGCAUUGAAGAACUUUUGCAAGUUACAUGGCCUUGACUUAGUUGUGAGAGCGCACCAGGUGGUACAAGACGGAUACGAAUUUUUUGCUGAUCGACACCUCGUCACAAUCUUUUCGGCGCCAAAUUAUUGUGGACAGUUUGACAACACAGCCUCAGUAAUGCUUGUCAACAAAGAUUUGGUCGGACUGACAUCAAAUGUUUGA